AUGGCAGCAGCAGCGACGGCAAAGCAGAUUGUAGUGGUGGUGGGGGCGGGACCUGGACUCGGGUUGAGUCUUGGACGCAAGUUCAGCGAGGCCGGGCAUCCGGUUGCCCUGCUUUCGCGAUCGCAGGAACGAAUGGAUGCACUGGCAUCGCAGCUCAACGGCCAGUCGAGCAGCAGUGGACGUGCAGUAGGCUAUGCUGUCGACUGUCAGGACGAGUCAUCGAUGAACACGACGAUUGAAAAGGUGCACGAGCACUUUGCGAGCGGCCAAGGCGGAGAGCAGCAUCGAGGUGCUUCGAUCCACACGGGCAUCUUCAAUCCCAAUGGCGGCUUUGCAAUGGCUUCCUUCCUAGACACCAAGCGGAGUCAAGUGGAAGAAGCCUUCCGCACCCAAGUGUUGGGAGGAUUCUUGUUUUCACAGGCGAUGCUUCGAGCCAUCAGCUCUUCUCCCGACUUUGCUUCGGGUGGAGAUGGCAAGUCGGCGCUGGGUAACAUCCUCAUCUCCGGUGCUACGGCUUCGAUCAAGGGAAGUGCCAAUUUCGCUGCGUUUGCAUCGGCCAAGUUUGGACUGCGAGCCAUGGCGCAGAGUCUGGCACGCGAAGUUGGGCCCAAGGGCAUUCAUGUGGCGCACCUCAUCAUCGACGGCAUCAUCGUCACUGAGCGCACCGACGGCUUCUUGGGCAAGGACUACGCGCCUGGCUCGCGCAUGGACGCCGACGACAUCGCCCAGGUCUACCUCGACACCGCACGCCAACCACGCAGCGUGUGGUCGUUCGAAACGGACCUCCGCCCCUCGAUGGAGAAGUGGUGA